CGCUGAGCGCCGCGGCAGGUCUCACAGGUCUCAAGGUCCCCGCGCGGCCGUCGCCCCGAGUGCCGGUGACUUUGGCUUCAGGUCUGCUGACCCACGUCACCAGUUUGACAGCCUCGCACCAAAUCCGAGGGCGGUGCUCUCUCGGAGUCCCAGGCGUCACUGGGAGUUCCCGCAGAUUAGAACUCGCCUCUCCUAGCCCCUCCCCUCAGUCCCAUUUAAAGCUCCCACGGCUUUCCGAAAAAUUGAAGGCUCAGUUUCUGCAGCGCCUUCUUCCACUGCAAGAUGAACACUGUUCUGCCUUGCCAAGACCAGUACUUUGUAGGAGGUCAGAGUUAUAAUUGCCCGUAUUCCACUACAACGUCAGAAUCUAGUGUUGACGUUUCCACGGAGACUUGGGUCUCUUUCUGGGCUGCUGGUCUCCUGGACAACAGAGAGCCCCAACAAGCACCACAGGCACUGGAAUCAUCCUGUGACUCCAGUUUCCCUGCUCCUAACUCGUGUUCAUGGGAAGAAGCUCAGCUUUCCUCUCAGCUCUACAGAAACAAGCAGCUCCAAGAUACUCUGGUGCAGAAGGAAGAAGAACUUGCUAGGUUACAUGAAGAGAAUAACCAUCUCAGACAAUACCUGAAUUCUGCUUUGGUUAAAUGUCUUGAGGAAAAGGCCAAGAAAUUGCUGUCAUCAGAUGAGUUCUCCAAAGCAUUUGGGCAAUUCAGAAAGGGAAAGAGGAAACCCAAAGAGCAAAGAUACUUUCCUCCUGAGAUCCCCCACCACAAAAAUGCCAAGAGAAACCUCUCUAGUGAAUUUGCUAACUGUGAAGGACAACCUGGGCCCCCUGUGGACCCUUGGGUUCUUCAGACCCUUGGGUUAAAAGACCUCAACACCAUCGAUGACACUUUAUCAGCUAACUACAGUGCCCACUCCUCUCAUCCGAGAAGAAUUGCCAGCACAUUUCCUCCAUUUCUGGAUGAUGCAGUUGAUUAUGAAAAUGUCCCCAGGGAGGAUCUGCCAAUUGACUAUGGAGGCAACCCAGCAACCCCCUCACAUGGCACUGCUGGGCACAGGGAAGAUUUUCACUUCCUCCCUCAACUUUCAAAUCCCCCAGGAGGGCUGCAAACUUCUCCUUACUAUACUUCUGAUGUGUCACCCAAUAAAACAGAGAUGGCCUUUUCCACAUCCCUGAGCCCUCACUGUAAUGUGAAAACUCAUUCCUUCCACCAGGGACAAGCCUUUGUUUGUCGAGAUGAGGAGGGAGGCUGGAAGUUUACCUGGGUCCCUAAGCAGUCUUAGUGACCUCCCUUCUAUCACGAAAGACUGCUAUAAACUCUGUUUACAAAGACCUCUCUUGCACUUGAACCUGACUAUUUGGAACACAGAAGCUUUUGCCCUGACUGUUUCCUGCCACUUUAAAUGUCACUCUCAAUUACCCACUUAAAUCUGCAGAGAACAGCUUCCACGAAUCCAUAAUGAAACAUGCCUGCUCUUCUUUCACCUAAAUUUGACUUGUUUACACACCAACACCUGCUGUUGACUUCAUCCCUUCGCCCUGUACCUGAAAAGGUAUUUUCCAAUUGCCCGAAUAUUCCUUCGAGGCCUACAUAUGCUGUUCCAAUUAUAAUAAGUCUAAGAGCGUUUCUCCUUUCAUCAAGCAGUUUAAAUGUUCAUAGCUUCUACCCUCUCACUUUUAUCCUGUCCUGUUCUUCUUCAUUUCUGAAAACUGCCUCGAGAGUGAACACUAUUAUUGCUCCAGGUGUUUGUUCUUGAGUGCUCCGAUCUUGGGGGUGGGGUAGAAACAAGGGUCUCUGGACAUCAUCAUUCCCAAAGACAUAAUAUAGAUGUGAGCAGUGCCACGUGUAGAGCAGUUCAGGAAGUUAUGCGCCCUGUGGAGUUGACAAAGAGCCUCUUCAAUGAGUUGCAACUCUACUGAAUAAGAAAUACCACUGAUAAAUUAAAAGAUGAAAAAUAAUUAAAAUUAAUUCAAAAUAUGCCACAGUAUAUCAGCUUCUAUAGACACCUGGCAUUGCCUCUUUAACCAACAUGACUCAAACUAGAACAUGGCUAAGGGAUGCUUGAUAACAACAAGUUGUCAUCUUAAUCGCCCAGAUGCUGUCAAGGGUCUGGUCCUGCCAGUGUUGUCUAGCCAAACUCUGUCGUUGUCUCCCUCAUUCAUUCACUUACUCAUCUACUCAGUUUUCCAUUCAUUGGCCCACGCAAAAUAUUUGUACAACACCUGCCAUGUAUCAGGCGCUGUCCUAUGGGGUGGUGAUGGAAUAAAUGAGAGCAAAUUAGAUCUUGUGGCCACCUUCAUGAGACUCAGAGCCAAUAUUUGCUGUGACCUUGAGAAACCUAAUUCCCAACAGUGAAGAUUCAGUUUUCCUGGCUGCAGAAUACAGAAGAUAGAUGAGACCAUCACUAACAUUCUAUAACUGAGGCUGGGUCCAUCAGCUUUACUCCAACACUGCCAGCCCAGCUCACUCUUCUCUUUAGUUUUGAUAGACACUAUAGGUAUGUUGGAUGAGCUUUACAUACAAUUUUUCUUAAACAUGAGCCAUUUGUAGUCGACACAAGAAACCAUUGCUCUGAUCACAGUAUUCUUUUUCUGGUAUGAGCCCAUGUUAUAGGUUAAUUCAGUCUAAGUAUGUGAGAGUAACUUGCAUCUAACAAAUAGAGAUAAUAAUUUUUAAUUAAGUGUGCAUAAAUAUAAUGUAAAUUUUGACAUCAAAGAUUUCUCUCUUUCUAAAUAAAAAAUAUAUUCUUAGUGCUUAUGUUAGUUUUCCUCAAGCUCUCUAUCUUUUGCAGAAUAAUUUACAUAUCAACGACGUGUACCUCUGUUUUUUGGAGAAAACGUCAGUUAGCAAUAAGAUCCACCAGGGUGAACUUCUUUCCUGUUUUUCUGUUCCCACCUCUCAAUAAGUCAUGUUGUACCAUCAGUGCCUGAGAACAUGACUGUGCCCUUUGGGAUUCUUUGUAACCAAGACAUGACUUUCAUUGCUGUUGCUGCUUGGUUUUUGCUUUAUUUUGGUGAUUGUGAGCAAGUAAUCUGUUUUAGAAAGUUUUCUUAACCUCUACUUUUCUUUAUAAUCCAUGAAGGAGAAACUAAGAUAUUAACUAAUAUUAUUCUCCAGAGUAUUUUGAUGACUUAGGAAGAGGUAGAACACACUCUAUUUUCUAAAACAAAACAAAAGUAGUAACAAAGAAGUGCUUAACACUGCACUAUCUGUGCCCCUGGUGGGUGAAAUUUAUCUUUUUAAAAUAACAAAUUUAAGAAUUAAGAGUAAUUAAAUUUGAUUGUACUUUAACACCCUAGGAAUCAAGAAAGCAACAUAACUACUUCAAAAGAUUAAAUGAUCUAGCUGUAAAACAAAACUGAUCAGUCAACAAAUACUUAUUGCAUUUUUGUGUGCCUUAUCACAAGUUAUAUACCGUGAGGAAACACCCAGGCUUAGCACAGCGCAUUUGGUAGAUAAAACAGAGCCUUAUAAAAUUUAACCAUUUUUAAAUGAAGCUUGAUCUCAGCCUGGUUUAAAGAAAUUAAAGCACUCCUGUGAUAAAUUAUGGUAACUUGCUCUGGCUUAUACCAUGGAUGAAAGAAAAUUACCACAUCUUCUUGGGACUACAUAUCUAUAGACAUUUGCUACUCAUUUGCAUUAUGUAUAAAAGUUCUUUUGUUGAUGUUUGAGAAACUGGAAAUUUCUCUCACCUAAGUAUAUAUUCUAUUAUGGUUUUACCAUGCCACUCCUGUAAUCCACAGGUAAUAUUUUAUUAAUGUAAGAGGAGAAAUAAAAACUAAGAACUGGUGCUUGUGAUGAAUAAUACCUUUAUGUUGUAUGUAACAUUUUCUAGUCAUAGAUUUUCUUCUCCUAGGUUUUAACCAUAAUCCUAUUGAUCUGUACCUCUUUUGUAUGACGUAUGUGGCCAGACCAAUCUUCAGCAUUUAGGGUCAAAGAGUUCUUUUCCUUAUCUAGGAUACAUUCACGAGGCCUUCAGAUGUUAAUGGUCU